AUGGCCGCCAUUCACAAUCCAUCAGUCUCAUUCCUGAGCGUGUUCCUUCCGGUCGCGCGCGCAUCACUUCAGCAGCCUGCAAGGACACAUCCGCUUCUCCAGCAACUUCAACGCCGAGCCAACAAUGCGCUCAACAACUCGAUUCUUCCAGCAGUAUUUCUGCCCAUUCCGACUCUUCUCGGUGGCUUGUGGGAUGGAAUCCUCAAAGCGGUGCCAAAGAAGAAGACGAGCCACAUGAAAAAGCGUCAUCGGCAAAUGGCUGGCAAGGCAUUGAAAGAUGUCACUGCCUUGAAUACGUGUUCGUCUUGCGGACGACAAAAAAGAGCACACGUACUUUGCGAAUAUUGCGUCAAUAGUAUCAAGAGAUGGUUUACGAAUGGCUUCCGAACACCCGAAGAGAUCGAAAGACUAAACAAACCAGAGGACUUGGAAAUUGAAGAAGAUCGUGAUGAUGAUCUUUCGCAUUUGGGGGACAAGAACUCUGCACGGAAUUCCGGGCGAGGCACCAGCAAUGAGACAAAAUGGUAUCAAUCUCAAGAGAGAUAUCUUCCUAGCGGUCAGAGAGCACCACAAACUCUCGGUGAGCGCUGGGGCCUCCUCAGACGUAAAUCGACUCCUUCACGGCGGCGCGGCUCUGAUUCCUCGCCUAAAUCUACUGCUGCGCACGAGACUACUUCAAUCGACGCAAUCUCCGAGGCGAAAGCAGCAGCGUCUCAACAGCGGGACGGCAGCAGACCAUCUGCGCAGUGA